AUAUCUGGGGCUCCUGAUGGGCCAGGCCAGUCUGGGCCCAGCUCCCCCGAGAGGUGGCUGGAUCCUCUGGGCUCUCGGUCGAUGCCUUUGCCACUGACUUCCAGGCAUGAGGUGGUUCCUGCCCUGGACGCUGGCAGCAGUGACAGCAGCAGCCGCCAGCGGCAUCCUGGCCACGGCCCUCUCUCCAGCCCCCACGACCAUGACCUUCACCCCAGCACCCCUGGAGGACACAUCCUCACGCCCCCAGUUCUGCAAGUGGCCGUGCGAGUGCCCAGCGUCCCCGCCCCGCUGCCCGCUGGGGGUGAGCCUCAUCACAGACGGCUGUGAAUGCUGUAAGAUGUGCGCCCAGCAGCUCGGGGACAACUGCACGGAGGCCGCCGUCUGUGACCCCCACCGGGGCCUCUACUGCGACUACAGUGGGGACCGCCCGAGGUACGCAAUAGGAGUGUGUGCACAGGUGGUCGGCGUGGGCUGCGUCCUAGACGGGGUGCGCUACAACAACGGCCAGUCCUUCCAGCCCAACUGCAAGUACAACUGCACGUGCAUCGACGGCGCGGUGGGCUGCACGCCGCUGUGCCUCCGUGCGCGCCCCCCGCGCCUCUGGUGCCGCCACCCGCGGAAGGUGAGCGUGCCCGGACGCUGCUGCGAGCAGUGGGUGUGCGACGACGACGCCAGGAGGCCGCGCAAGACCAUGCCACGUGACACCUUCGCAGCUGCGGACGAGGUGGAGCCGUGGCACAGGAACUGUAUAGCCUACACGAGCCCCUGGAGCCCCUGUUCCACCACCUGUGGCCUGGGGGUCUCCACGCGGAUCUCCAACGUCAACGCCCGGUGCCAGCCUGAGCAGGAGAGCCGCCUGUGCGACCUGCGGCCGUGCGAGGUGGACAUGCGGCCUCUCAUCAAGGCUGAGAAGAAGUGCUUGGCUGUGUACCAGCCAGAGGCGCCCAUGAACUUCACCCUCGCGGGCUGCGUCAGCACACGCUCCUACCGACCCAAGUACUGUGGGGUCUGCAUGGACAACAGGUGCUGCAUCCCAUACAAGUCCAAGACCAUCGACGUCUCCUUCCAGUGUCCCGAUGGGCCUGGCUUCUCCCGCCAGGUCCUGUGGAUUAAUGCCUGCUUCUGCAACCUGAGCUGUAGGAAUCCCAAUGACAUCUUUGCUGACUUGGAAUCCUACCCUGACUUCUCAGAAAUUGCCGAUUAGGCAGGUACAAAUCUUGGGCCCUGGGCCUGGCUGGAUGCCUGCAAAGGUGCCAGCCCUCUGUGGCUGUACCUUUGCACCAUUGAGUCUUAUUUUAUCCACUUCCCAUUCACUCAGUUACCCUGUUCAGGUCCCUUGGAAUCCUGUCCUGUCCCUGACUACCCAAACGGCCCAUGAUGGUGCUGCUCAGGCCCACAGUAUGGUCUCUUCCUUGGCAGCAUCGGCGUUCACUACAAAGAAAACACCUGUCUCUAGCCUUUCUGGACAGGACCCAGGCCUGAUCCAGCCUGUCCAAGUCACCGAAGUUCUGCUGGAUCUUGCCUAAGUUCCAAGGAAUGGAAUCUAAUAGAUAGCCAGUACCCUAACUCCCUCUUU